GAGCUGUCACUCUGCUAAGCCUGUAUCUUCUGUUCGGCUACGGGGCGUCUCUGCUGUGCAACCUUAUCGGAUUUGUGUACCCCGCAUAUGCUUCGAUCAAGGCCAUCGAAAGCCCCAGCAAAGACGACGACACUGCGUGGCUCACCUACUGGGUGGUGUACGCCCUGUUCGGUCUGCUCGAGUUCUUCAGCGAUCUACUCCUGUCCUGGUUCCCUUUCUACUACGUGGGCAAGUGCGGCUUCCUGUUGUUCUGCAUGAGCCCGGGGCCCUGGAACGGCGCCCUGCUGCUCUACCACCGGCUCGUGCGCCCGCUCUUCCUGAAGCACCACGCGGCCCUGGACAGCGCCGUGAGCAGCCUCAGCGGAAGAGCCCUGGACGCCGCGGCCGGCCUGGCCCGGGACGUUCUGCAGGCCCUGGCUCGGGGCCGGGCUCGCGUCACCGCUGCGGGGGCCGGACCCCCUGCCGCCCUGGAAGCCGAGCGUAGCCCAGCCAGGCCUGAGCCCGCAGCACCAGGACAAGUGAAGAAGCAGGCCAGCGCCCGCGCGGACCCCCCGGCCAGCCGCCAGGGCAGCGCCUCGGGGUCCCGGCUGUCCACCGGGGCCAACAAACAGAGCAGCUCGUCGGGCGCCCCGCUGUCCAGCGAGGCCAGCCACACGGGCAGCGCCUCGGGGCCCCAGCUGGACUCGGAGGCCGGCCAGCAGGGCAGCUCGUCGGACCCCGAGCUGUCCACGGACUCCACGGAGUCCAGCCAGGACAAGGCCCCCGAGCCCGCCCUCCCUCCCAGCUCCGGCAACUCCCAGCCCCGCUCCCCCGACACCCGCAGCUCCGGGUCCCGGGGCUACGUGGCCUCCGGCUCUGCCAGUGGUUCCCAGCUGCCCCACAAGGCCCAGGGGCAGCCGCGGGCACAGCCACGGGGACAGCCGCGGGGCCAGGCUCGGAGCCGAGGCAGCUCCUCCAGCCAGCGCCAGCUGCGCAAGCCCCGCUCCAUCGUGUCCACCAGGCCCCCUGGGGCCCAGCAGGGUCCCCAGCCGCGUCCCCCGCCGAGACCCCAGCCGCGACCCCCGCCGAGACCCCAGAGGCCGACCCAGCAGGGUCCCCAGCCGCUCCGCCAGCCACGUCCCCACCAGGGUCCCAGCGCCCCCUCCGGCCAGGCCCCGCCCCUCGUCCAGUCUCCCAGUGGCACCAGCAUCCCGGCACAGCCCCCCAGCCAAGCCCCCAGCCAAGCCGCCAGCAAGCCGGGGGCCCCGGCGCCCCGCAGCGGCGGCCGGCGGAGCCGGAAGUGGAGCAGCACGUCCGUGCCCGAGCUGAGCGCGCCCUGCUGCUCCGGCUCGUCCCUGGACGUCAGCUCCGAGUCGGCCACGCAGAUCAGCUGCACCUGGCCCCGCCACGGCCACGGGCUCUGCUGCCUGCGGCACUGCUGGCCCCUGGGCUGCCCGGCCUGCUAGGCGGGCGCAAUAAAGCCACGGCUGCCCUGAGCGUC